UUUCCGUCUGGUUAUGUCAAGGGGUCUGUUUGCGGGACUAUGAGGAGAGCUAUCACCGACAUUCGUUUUCGAGGGUAGUUGAGCCCUGUGAGUUUUUGUAGUCGGGUGUUGUAAAUUAGGUCAUUAUUUGGCCCUACUCUGCGUUUUUCUGACGACGGAAUGGCGGAUUGGAAGAUGCCAGUAAGUUACAACUUCAGCCCAUCUUAUCAUGCCUAUGCAUAUGGGCUCAUGUACCCGCAAGUGUCUGAACACGGCCAGCCGAAUCUGAGCUGGGCUGAGGCCGCGUACACUCACUCCGGCGGGGUCACCGCGACCUAUUACUCCGCUCAAACCGCACAGCAGUCGCCAACCUGGAGCCAGGAGAACGGCAGUGCCAGCAGCUACGGCCAGUGCCCGAGCCACGCGCAGAACGGACGGCUCUUCCUCUCGUAUAAUAAGACUGAGCCCGAUCCGAAGGCGAAAGAUGCAGAGCAGGCCAGCAGCGAUACACCCAGUGAUUCAGAGGCCCAUACGCCAGAUUCCUGGAGCUCAGGCAGCAGUCGUGAGGGGGCCGCUCUGACCAACCUCAAUAUUCCAUCCUGGGGAGAUCGGGACUAUGAAACGGACAGUGGCAGUCCUGACAGUGGAGAACUGAUCUCAUCUUCCGUCUCUGCAGCGAAAGAGGAGCCAGUGAGUCUCAAUCUGGGGGUGGAAGCCUUGCCUCCCCUGCCUGCUUUGACCAUAUCUCCAGCCCGACCUCCAACCCAGACCCGCAAGACUCGGGCUGCCUUUUCUGAGGAGCAGAUGAAUGCCCUCAUCCACCGGUUUAAUAUCCAGAGAUACCUCACGCCUGCAGAGAUGAAGACGCUUGCUGGAGCGACAGGACUAACGUACAAACAGGUGAAAACGUGGUUUCAAAACCGUAGGAUGAAACUCAAGAGGCAUCAAAGAGAUAGUAGCUGGAUGACGGAGAGAUACGUCGUCAAUGCCGUACCCAGCACACCAGCUCCUCACUCUCAGGUGAGUGUAGUUUCAUGUCAAACCAUUUAUUAA